AAAGAAAGACGUUACCUCGCUUCCGACAGGACCGACUGAACUACAAACACUAACCGGAAGUAGUUAAAUGUAGGCUAGUGUUUUCAGAAAGGAAGAGGUGAGUAGCCUAACUAGUGACAGACAGUACAAAGGGCAAAGCGGAAAUAUUCAGUAGCAGUUUAAAGUGUCACACUCUUCUUGAAACGUCAUUUAAUCUCAGAUAAAAGUCAUAGGUUAGCUACUGCAAAGCUUCAGUUCGAGCUGCAGAUGAGACUUCCUCUUCGCUGCUUUAGCAUCUUCAGGAGUUUAUUCGCUCAAAGACAACGAGGGACAGACCCACAAAGGCGAGGCUUGAGUGGUGCAGCGAUGCGUCUGGUGCAGUUUCAUCGUCAUGGUGAUGGAGGAGGCAUCAAAGUGGGAGUGGAGCAAGGUGACGCAGGGCUUGGUGUGGUUGACCUGAAGGCGUUUGACCCGUCCAUGCCCUCGACCAUGAGAGAGCUGCUGGAGCUGGGAGACAAGGGUCUGGAGUGUGCCCAGAGAGCCUUGUCGUCUGGUCAGUGUGUGGUGGAGCGAUCGGACAUCCAGCUGCUGUCUCCUGUGUUGGCCCCAGAGAAGGUGGUGUGUGUGGGUAUGAACUACCGGGACCACUGCCUGGAACAGAACGCCCCGAUCCCCAAAGAACCAAUCAUCUUCAGCAAAUUCCCGAGCGCCAUCACAGGGCCGUAUGACGACAUCAUACUGCCCUCAGAGAGCCUGGAGGUGGACUGGGAAGUGGAGCUGGCCUUUGUGAUUGGACGAAGAGGAAAACACAUCAAGGAGGAAGACGCUCUUUCCUACGUGGCCGGGUUCACUGUGGCCAACGACGUCAGUGCACGCGACUGGCAGAUGAAGCGCAACGGAAAGCAGUGGCUGCUGGGAAAAACGUUUGACAGCUUCUGUCCACUGGGCCCUGCUUUAGUGACAGCUGACGCUGUGAAAGAUCCUCACAACCUGGGCGUCCGCUGCCUGGUUAAUGGAGACACAGUCCAGAGCAGCAACACUGAUCAGAUGAUCUUCAAGACGGAGGCGCUGGUCGCCUGGGUCUCAAAGUUUGUGACAUUGACACCAGGAGACGUUUUCCUGACAGGCACUCCUCCAGGCGUGGGUGUGUUCAGAAAGCCACCCGUCUUUCUCAAGAAAGGAGAUGUGGUGGAGUGCCAGAUAGACCAAUUAGGAUCCAUUAUCAACAAAGUGGUCUAAACCCCGAGACAAUCUGCUGUUAAAUAAACUGCACUACUGAUCGGCUGCUUCACACAAUAAAUUACUAUUUUGUAAAGAG